AGUCUUUUAUAUUAUAUUUCAUACUUAAGUACCUGAUCUAUUUUGAAUGUUUACAUUUAUUAGUUUUAGGUUAUUUGGAGGCACCGGAAUUAUUUGGGAUUAAAACAGGUAAAUAUUAAAAAAAGCCCAGGGCCCCGCCCAUAGUAUCAUAAUAUUAGUAAAAUCUCAGAGUUACAUGGGACGGGUGCUACAUAAAAUGGAGGCACCGCUGGGAUGUUUGGAAUAAAUUCCUUUGAAUGUAUGUUGAAUCGUCGGUAAUUGCAUGUUGCAACUUAAGGAAACGAUGGCAAACACAAGUAGUCCUAUACAUCUGGAAUUGAAAAACUGGUGCAGGGGUGAGGGACUAGAUGUAACCCAUGCCCUCAUGGUUCACAGGGUUCCUGAAGAUACAGAUGUAUCUGAUAUUGAGACCGUGCUGGAAACCGUAAAAUCCUUAGGCAAAGUUAGAGUAAGAGGGAAAAUGUUUGAUGCCACAAACGAAACUGUGAAAGUUUUGUGUGAAUGUCGUGAAGUUGUAGAUCACUCCAGAGUUCCACCUGAAAUUCCAUCACUAACAGAAGGUGAAAUUUGGGGAAUCAUUGUAGCUCAGCCAGACGAAGCUAGUUCAGAUGGGUUUGCACAGAAAUUAGCCCAAUUUCUUCAAGAGGAAGGAAAAACAGUUGAUGAUGUCCACCAAAUGUGGAAUCCCGGAACUUCCUGGAAUAACAACCCAGAAUCUAUCAUACGAGCAGUAGGUGAUGUGCUGCACAAGGCAGCAAAACCUACAGAGAGUCAUAACUAUCGCCGAUUAAGGACCUUCUCAGGUGUUAAUCCAACCCCACAGGGAGAAGAGUGUUUAGACAGCUGGCUGGAACAAGCUAAGUUCAUGACAGAAGAGUACGAGUGCUCAGAAAAGGAAAAGAGACGCAGGUUAAUUGAGAGCCUCAAAGGUCCUGCUUUAGAGAUUAUUCAAGCAGUCCGCUUGUCCAACCCCAAUGCCAGUCAUAUAGAAUAUAUACAGGCAAUACAAAGCACCUUUGGCACCUCAGAGUCAGGAGAAGAGCUAUAUCUGCAUUUCAGAUCCCUUCAUCAGAGAUCUGGCGAGCGGUUGUCUGAUUUUCUGCGCCGUCUCGAAAGAUCCCUUUCCAAAGUAAUUCAGAGAGGUGGUCUACCAGUGAGCGAAGCUAACAAAGUCAGGCUAGAACAGCUUAUUAAAGGUGCCACUGAGUCAGAUAUUAUGUUACUUCAGCUUAACUUGAGAGAGAGGAGAAGCAAUCCUCCCUCAUUUCUAGCUUUACUGAAAGAGAUUCGUGAGGAAGAAGAGCAUGAAGCGGCUAGGCAAAAUCUUAGGAAGCCGGCGCGGCGUCAGUAUGUCAAUGCUGUCCAAGUAGACAGAGAAACUGAGAUAGACCCAUGUUUGCACACUAACCUUAAAGCUGAGGCCCAAGGUUUACGAGCAAAACCAGGUGAUCAGACAAGUCCACCCCAGUCCCCAAGAACAGAGUGCCAUACAGCAAAGUCCAAGGAAAGAAAAAACAACAAAAAUGAACCUAGCCAAGAAAUGCGAUCACUAAGAAAGGAAGUGGAUGCUCUUAAAGAGCAGAUCAGUGUUAUGACUGUGAAGUCAAAGCCAAGUCAGAGAGAUGCAACUGGCUACCGUAGAAACAGUACUGCACAAGACCAUAAACCUGUUCAAACCAAAUAUCAUUACACAGAUGAGCCUGGUGAGUUCUUCUGCUAUAAGUGUGGUGAAAAUGGGCACAUUGCCACCAAAUGCACAGCACCUGAAAAUGCACAAAAGGUUAUCAAAAAGCUUAUACGCCAAGUUCGUGGAACAACAGCUGGACAAAAAGAUAGCAGUAAGCGUCCAGAGGACGUCAUUGCCAAAGUAAACAAAAUGGAGACUUCUAAAUCCAACGCUGACUUACCUCAAGGCCUUGUAGGUCCUUCUUCAGUUGUUAAAGUUAGGGUAAAUGAACUGGAUUGUGAUGCCCUCAUUGACUCUGGAUCUACGGUAACUAUCAUUUUUGAGGACUGGUACAACAAACACCUGUCUCAUGUUCCCAUACACCCUAUUACUCGUCUAGCCAUUUGGGGUCUAGCUGACUCCGAAUAUCCUUAUAGGGGUUAUGUGGUGAUUGACAUGGAGUUCCCAGAGGAAAUGGCGGGAGUGAAAGGACCCGUCACUGUGCUAGCUCUUGUAUGUCCCGAGCCCCAACAUUGUCAGCAGGUACCUGUUAUUGUUGGGACAAAUGCAUUCUUAUUCCGCAGAUUGUGGGAACUUUCAAAAGAGGGAGGUAGCCAACACAAAGUGCACUCAAUGAGGAUACAGGCAGUGUAUGAACAGUUGCAGUCACAGGCUCAGACCCACCAAUCUGACACAGAGGAUAAAGCACGUGGGCAAGUUAAAUGGCAAGGCCCUGGUCCACUGUGCAUUGCAGCAGGAGAGAGGUGCUACGCCACCUGUAAAAUAGAGAAAGAGUCAUACACACACCGAGACAUUGUGCUGGUUGAAGCAGCAAGCACACAGCAGCUUCCUGCUGGUGUAUUUGUACAACCAGGAGUAAUGCCUAAUGCUGACAUAGACACCAACAGUUUUGUAGUGUUGUUGCACAAUGAGUCUCAAAAACCUACUACUAUUCAGGCUGGAACAGUUGUAGCAGAGUUGUAUACAGUAGAUACUGUUGUGUUGCCCCCACGUUCUGACUCAGCCACAGAAAGUCUUGACCCAGAGCUGUUUGACUUCGGAGAUUCACCAGUUCCUGAUCACUGGAAACAACGUCUACGAGAUCAUUUAGCAAAAAGACGAGAGGUUUUCUCGUUGGAUGAAUGGGAUGUGGGGCUGGCAACUGGGGUAGAACACAGGAUACGACUGAGUGACCCAACUCCUUUUAGAGAGAGAUCUCGACGACUAGCACCAGCCGAUAUUGAUGAUGUGAGAUGUCACUUGCAGCAACUGAUGGCCACAGGUAUUGUGAAGGAGUCCAGAAGCCCAUAUGCUUCCCCCAUUGUAGUAGUUCGGAAGAAAAACGGGUCCAUCAGGAUCUGUAUCGAUUAUCGAACCCUGAACAGCCGAACUAUACCGGAUCAAUAUACCAUGCCUCGUAUUGACGAUGCUCUGGACUGUCUUACAGGCAGCUGUUGGUUUUCGGUGCUCGACCUUCGAAGCGGUUACUAUCAGAUUGCCAUGGCUGAGGAAGACAAAGAAAAAACAGCCUUUAUAUGCCCCCUCGGGUUUUACCAGUUCGAACGAAUGCCCCAGGGAAUCACGGGAGCUCCUGCCACGUUUCAGCGGCUUAUGGAGAAAGCCGUUGGAGACAUGCACCUUCUCCAGGUUCUGGUGUACCUGGACGAUAUCAUUGUUUUCGGGAAAACUCUUGAAGAGCACGAGCAACGUCUCUUGAAGGUUCUUGAUCGUCUACAAGAAGCUGGCCUCAAGGUGUCUAUUGACAAAUGCCAGUUUUGCCAACCCCGAGUCAAGUAUGUUGGACAUAUUGUCUCAGAGGCUGGUAUUGCCACAGAUCCAGAGAAAGUAAAAGUGGUGAAAGACUGGCCAGAACCCAAAGACCUCAAGUCUUUGAAGUCAUUUCUGGGUUUCUGUGGCUAUUACCGGCGGUUCAUUGCCAAUUACUCUAGCAUUGUUCGUCCACUGACUGAGCUCACUAAAGGCUACCCCCCAACUCAAAAGGGUAGGAAAGCCCAAAUAGCUGGCUCUGACAAGCUGUACCUCAAACCUACAGAACCAUUUGGUGAAAGGUGGGACGAGUCCUGUCGGGAAGCUUUCAGAAAAAUCGUUGAGUGUCUCAUAAAUGCCCCUGUGUUAGCAUUUGCUGACCCAUCUAAGCCCUACAUAUUGCAUGUUGAUGCCAGCAUGAGCGGGUUAGGUGCAGUUCUAAAUCAGGAGCACCCGGAAGGACUCAGGCCCGUUGCAUUUGCAAGUCGGAAGCUUAGUAACUCUGAACAGCGUUACCCUGUCCACCAGCUGGAAUUUUUAGCUUUGAAAUGGGCAGUGGUUGACAAAUUCCACGACUACCUGUACGGAGCUAAGUUUACCGUAAGGACAGACAACAACCCCCUUACGUAUGUCCUCACAACCGCCCGACUAAAUGCUACAGGACAUCGUUGGUUAGCUACUCUUGCUACUUACGACUUUAGCCUUCAGUAUAGGCCUGGUCGUCACAAUGUAGAUGCUGAUCUGCUUUCACGACAGUAUGCCAUUGAGGAAACUGAUGAAUGGGCAAAUAUUCCAUCAUCAGGCAUCAAGGCGAUCUGCAGAAGGGCAUGUGCUCUUGAAAUAGCUAACACUCCUCCUCGUUUCGCUGACCAGCUUGGGGUCCCUGCCUCAGCAAUCCCCGAAGCCUAUGCGUGUCCCGUGAAUUUGAACUUGAGCAAUAUUGAUCAGUUAAGCCCACAAGAGAUAAAAGUGGCUCAAGAACUUGAUCCUGUCAUUGGUCCUGUGAAAUCAGCUCUUGAAAAAGGCCAGGUACCAGUGCACUCCAGACAUGACUCACCGGAUGUUGCUCUUCUCUGCAGGGAAAGCACAAAGUUGGAGAUUAAAGAUGGAAUACUUUUCAGAACCAAGAACAAACAGCAAGUCCAAGAAAUCAAACAACUAGUGUUGCCUGAGCGAUAUCGAGCUGUAGCUUUGAAGUUCUUACAUGAUGAGUGUGGCCAUUUAGGGAUUGAUAAAACCUGUGAGUUACUCAAAGACAGAUUCUUUUGGCCACGUAUGUCAACUGAUGUGGAGCAAUACAUAAAAACCUGUGGAAGAUGUGUUGCCAGAAAGACACUCCCGCAGCGUGCCGCUCCUUUGAACCAGAUUACGAGCAGCGGUCCGUUAGAUCUAGUCUGCAUCGACUUUCUGCAGAUUGAGCCUGAUAGUAAGGGGCUAGCUAAUGUCUUAGUAGUGACUGACCAUUUCACACGGUAUGCGCAGGCUUUUCCUACCAAGGAUCAAAAAGCAGUUACUGUAGCAAAAGUGUUGUGGGAAAAAUACUUUGUACAUUAUGGUUUCCCAGCCAGAAUCCAUUCAGAUCAAGGCAGAGACUUUGAGAGCCGUUUAAUAAAAGAACUUCUUUCAAUGCUCGGGAUUAGAAAAUCCCACACCUCUCCUUAUCAUCCCCAGGGUGAUGCGCAGCCUGAGCGAUUCAACAGAACACUUCUGUCUAUGCUUGGUACUUUGGAGGCGUCCCGAAAACAGAACUGGAGCCAACAUAUCAGUCAGCUGGUGCAUGCAUACAACUGCACUAAGAAUGAUGCUACAGGUUUCUCUCCAUAUUGUUUAAUGUUCGGACGAGAGGCCAGAUUGCCAGUCGACAUCUGUUUUGGUACUACUUUCAAUAAGGAGACACAGUCGUCUCAUAUUCAGUAUGUGGAAAAGGUGAAACAAGAUCUUCAAAAAGCCUAUAAGCUUGCAUCAGAAGCAGCCACAAAAAAUCACCUGAGGAAUAAAACUCUGUACAAUCAUCGUGUUAGAGAUCAACCACUGGCUGAAGGGGACAGAGUGUUACUGAGAAACGUUGGUCUUACAGGAAAGCACAAGCUUCAAGAUCGCUGGAGGUCCACUCCUUACGUUGUCAUUAAGAAGUUGCCCAACUUACCGGUAUAUCGGGUGAAACCUGAACAUGGCCCUGAAGUUGUUAAAACUCUUCAUCGUGACCAUCUGUUACCUAUUGGUUAUCUGGUCCGAUUGCCUGCGUGGUCUCAGAACACAGAAAAAGUCCCAAAGCCACGAGUCACACGGCUGCAGCAAGCACAAAAGCGACAAAGAAAAGUGCGUCACCCAUCAUCUCCUGAUUUAAUGACAGAUAGCAUGUCAGGGUCAGAAAGUGAGGAUCCAUGUGGGAUCCGGAGUUUUGAUAUGGAUGAAGUGAAGAAGCAUCUUUCUGUUCCCAACCAUGCAAUAGACAAUAAUGAGAGCUCAGGUGAAGCAAACUCGGGAUUGUCUGUCGAUGAGCAGAGUGAAGGAGACGAUGCAACACCUGAAAAUAAGUUGUCUGACUCUGAUUCUCCAGAGUCUGUGGGUGAUGAAAGUCUGACCCGAGACACUGAAACUGACAUUGAGCCAGAGAGACCCUCUCCCUCGAGAUCUGCAAAGACAAAAGGUCUCCCAAAAAUCAGAAAGUCACAGCGAGACAUUAAACCAGUCAUUCGCUUGACUUAUGAUGAACCUGGACAUCCUACUGAGGAACCAGUGACUAUUGUGCAUCAUGGAAUGGUUAUCCAGGUGAACCUCAGUUCCAAACGAAAAUAUAGUGACACAGCAGGUUAUACACCUAAACAGUCUAACAGAGAGAGAAAGUAUGUAAUGACCCCAGACAAAAGAGCAUGGGUUAGAUGA